CAAACUUCGAGCCUGAAACACAGAGGCACCACAAACAGAAGAUUUCUUCCUCCAGUCUGCACUGUCACAUUUCUUCUUCGACUGAACUGAGAUGCCUGCAGUGACACGAUCAAUCAGGGACGGAUCUGCAGUGGGUCGGUUUCCAUCUGUCACACUUGGAUUUGGGGAUGACAAGUUGGAAAAAGAUGUAGAAGCAGAGGAAAGCAACAAUAACAAAGAAACUUCAUGUCAGCGGUGGCUGCAGAAGGCAUGCUGGUGCUGCUAUCCCAGACCAAAGGACGAUGACGUUACAGACACUGUGGUGACAGGGAUUGAUGAUGUGGAUAAAGACGAUGGGAUCAAUGGCGAAAAACCCACGACUGAUGGCAGCAAUCUUGAUGUGCCUCUUCUCAAAGUGCAGUCAAUAGACCUGAUGAAAAGCAAAUCUGGUUUAAACCGCAUAGAACAUCAUACAAAUCUCUACCAAAGUGAGAACUUCAUUAUCCGCAGAGGGCAGACCUUCCAGAUGUGGAUAACCCUGUCUCGACCUUUUGACCCCAACACAGACAGGCUUCACCUUGAUCUUAAAACAGGGCUGCUGCCAACAGUGUCAAAGGGAACCCAUGUAAUUAUGCCUCUGGUGGGAGAGCUGGAGGACAGGCAAUGGCGGGCUUCUGUGGUGGAGCAGGAUGACAAAAGAAUAAAGCUUUCAGUGAAUUCAUCACCCAUGGCUGUCAUUGGCAGAUAUCAACUCAUAGUGGAAACAAACUGUGCAAAUGGAAAACACAUUUCCAAACAUGACCCUGAUAAUGACAUCUACAUGUUGUUCAACCCCUGGUGUGAAGAUGACUCAGUGUUCAUAGACUCUGAAGAUGAGAGGGAGGAAUAUGUCCUUAAUGAUGUUGGGCGGAUCUACUACGGCACAGAGAACCAAAUUGGAGCGAGGACAUGGAACUAUGGACAGUUUAGUGAUGGGAUUCUUGCUGCUUGCCUUUUUGUCCUGGAGAGGAGUGGAACUCCUAAUUCUGGUUUGGGAGAUCCAGUUAAUGCUGUGCGAAUAAUCUCGGCCAUGAUUAACUCUCCUGAUGACCUUGGUGUCCUGCAAGGAAACUGGUCAGGAGACUAUUCGGGGGGAACUUCGCCAACGAUGUGGAGUGGAAGUGUAGAAAUCCUGCUGGAAUACCAUAAAAACAACGGCACCCCCAUUAAAUAUGGACAGUGCUGGGUCUUUGCUGGCAUUUUCACAACAGUUUUACGGUGUUUAGGCAUUCCCAGUCGAACUGUGACAAACUUCAACUCAGCUCACGACACAGACGUCUCCUUGACAACAGACGUGUACUUUGAUGAGAAGCUGGAUCCCAUGGAGCACCUCAACACAGACUCUAUCUGGAACUUCCAUGUGUGGAAUGACUGCUGGAUGGCUCGUCCGGACUUGCCCCCUGGCAACGGCGGAUGGCAAGCGGUCGAUGCCACGCCACAGGAGACCAGUCAGGGCACCUUCCGCUGCGGCCCUGCUUCGCUUGCUGCUGUCCGCAAUGGCCAGGUCUACCUCAAACAUGAUUGCCCCUUUGUGUUUGCUGAGGUGAACAGUGACAAGAUAUACUGGCAGAAAAAUGUAGAUGGUACUUUUAAUCAAAUCUACAGUGAGACAAAGACUGUGGGCCAUUCCAUCAGCACCAAGGCUGUUGGUUCAGAUGAGCGCAGCGAUAUCACACACCUUUACAAACAUCCUGAAGGCUCAGAGGAGGAACGUAUUGCUGUGGAAACAGCUUGUCGCUACGGCUCCAAAGCAAAGGCCUUUUCAUCUCCCACAGCAGAGGACAUUUCUAUAGAAGUGAUCAUGGAUGGUGAAGGUCCUAAAAUGGGAGAGGAUGCAGAGCUGACCAUCAAGCUAAAGAACAGCGGCUCAGGGCAACGUAAUGUCAGCCUGCACAGCCGGUUGGCAGUCAUGUACUACACUGGAGUCCACAAAGCCACAGUCAACACAGACCAGACUGAUGUGAAACUAAUGCCCAACACGGAGACAAUCUUGGAUUGGACCCUGGAGUAUAAAGUGUAUAAGGACCAGCUGAUAGAUCAGACUGCCCUGAUGCUGACACUUUUAGGCAGGGUCAAAGAAACACAGCAGGUUCUGGCCACUCAGUUCAGUUUCCGACUCAGGACCCCAGAUCUUAUUAUAAAACCCAUCGGGAAGGCUUUGGUAGGGAAGAAGAUGGCAGUGGAGAUAUCCUUCACUAACCCACUACCACAAGUGCUGAAAGCAGUGGUAUUCCACGUGGAAGGCCUAGGUCUCCUACCUGCUCGAAAGAUUGAUUAUGGAGAUAUUGGCAGCCAUGCAACCGUCACUCUCACCGAGCACUUCAUCCCCACCCUUCCAGGGACAAGGAAAUUGCUGGCUUCUUUGGACUGCAAGCAGAUCACACAGGUUCAUGGUGUGAGCGACAUUACUGUGGAGGACAAAGGCAACGCUGCUCUAUAGGGAUUUGCAAACAAAAACCACUUUGAAACUGAUUGUUGAAAGUAAUUUCCUCAAAAUAGGUAGGGUGAUUCUGUUUUUAUCAUCAUGAAGGUUUCAUUUAGUAGAAGAGCAAAAGGCCACAAAGGGAGAAGCAGUGGGAAAUGUGGUAGAUGUCACCUACAGUAUAUACACUACUUUUAUAUUAUAUGAUAACUGGUAUUAACUUGAAUGAGAUUCUUACUAAUUUUGAUGCAGAUUCUGCUUUCGUUUGAAGACAAGUGAGGUGCAAGUAUGACUACUAUUAUAAGUACCAAAAUAGUAGCAGAAGUUACACAGUAUGGCAGCUUGAAUGAAGGAAAGAAGCCGUUUUAAAGGCAUGCUCAAUAUUUAGAUCACGUUUUAUAUUUAUAUAUACAGUAUGUUUAUUUUUGGUUAUUUCCAGCUAUGUGUUAACAAUAAAAAUGUUCUAUUUGAAUAUCUAUUUAGUACUGCAAAUGUUUGUGUGUUAUUAAAGCAGUUUUAAUUAAAAAUGCUGUUACAAAAUAUUAGGUUGUAAUGGAUUCCCUUUUUGACUAUUCAUAGUUACAAGUUGUGCCUCCUUCAUGGUAAGUAUUUGUUUAUUUAAGUUUGUUUUCUGUUUGUUUAUUUAUGUUUCUGUGUCUGUUAAAAAUAAAAUCACCCAGAAAGUUUUGUGGUGUGUUUUCAGCAUAAAUAAACAAGCUCAAGCUACACAAUAUAUGUAAAUAAUAAGCCAUAAAAUUAACAAAAAGUAGAUUAAUGACUGACUUGGGGCAAAAGAAAAUAAUCAUUUAUUGUUUGUAUUCACAAUGAUUUAUGUAUGCAAGCUGAAAUCAGACAAAGAAGAAUUACAGCAGGGGAGCUCAAGUAUCAAAUUAAAAUGAAUGGCAAUUUUCUGAAUUAUCAUGGAUGUGUAUUUUAAUAAAUCAAGCAGACACUGUGCCUCAGUGCAUGGAUAAAUUAAUUUACCUAAACAUGCUUAAAACAUGGCCUUACAGCAAAAAUAUAGAUGAUGUUCCAUGUAUUUAAUGGUGAACAAAAAUGUUUCCAUCUGUAUGCAAUCUGUUUGUGGUUUUCCAAUUUUUACUCAAGUGUUUGUUUGCAUGUUGUAGCCAGUUAACUUCUUCUUUCUUUUAUUUAAUUAGAAUCAGCUUAAUUUGCCAAGAAUGUCAUGAACAUAGAAAAUAUUCGGUGUCAGUUUUCUGUCUUCUUUUCUCUCAGCAACUCUCCCUGACUUAAAGUUGUGGUGCUGAUUGAUCCCUCUUUCCUGUCUUCUCCAC